AGAUCAUCAUCCCGAAUAUUCUUGGAUGUUAGUGUUAUGUCUCCUGCAAUGGAAGACACUAAAGUUUCAAUUCGCGAAAGACAAGAAGAAUUUCAUGCCAAUAUUCUGGCUGCGUGCCGACGAAAUGAAACCAUAGCAUCCUUGAAAGUUGAUUUGGUGUUUUUUAUAAUGUUGAGAGGGCGACAUUUCUACUUGGUGGUGUUCAAUCUUAAGAAGCCAUCAUUUCUCAUUAUAGACAAUAUCAAUCAUACGCAAAGUAUUGAAGAAGUUUAUGGUAUUGUUCCUGAAACAUUGCAUUCAUUAUUUUGCAACUACUUAAGAGAAGUUCAUCAUCCAAAAGCCUAUGAGAUGUUACAGCUUCAGCCAGAAAUAGUUGAUAUGGAUUGGAGAACAAAGAAAAAUUUUGUUGAUUGUGGGGUCUUUGCUAUGCGUCAUAUGGAGACUUUUUUUGGGUCAAAGUCAAAAGAUUGGAAAUGCGGUCUUGUAAAAGAGGGUACCAAGAACAAAGCCCAAUUCAACUUCAUAAGGUAA